UUAAUGUUCAACCUAUAUAUACGAUAUAAAUGUGUUUUCUCUUUCCUAAAAUAGCACAUCUCGGCGAAUUUAGUGACAGUCGCAAGCAAAAAUAGAAACAGUGAGGCUAUUUUGGUUUUGAUUAUAUAAGACUUAAGGAAUUCUUAUAUCAGCAAGAGGCGUUUUGCAGAUUUUGUCGUCUGCUAGAAACGUGGAAUCCAUACAGAAUUAAGAAAUGUUACAGUUGAAAGCCAUUAAACAACAUUAGAAGCAUAUACUUCACAUUUAAAGAGAAAUAUCCAAAGCAAACAUUGAAGACCACUUACAAGAUCCAAGGAGACUUGGCAGCAGGAUUUCUAGUUCUGGUGAUAAAUCUUCAAUAGUGGCUUCAGUACAGGAAACCCCACAGCCGGAAGAAAAAGCAAGGAUGGGGAGAAAAAAAAUACAGAUCUCUAGAAUAGGGGACGAGAGGAAUAGACAGGUGACAUUUACCAAAAGAAAGUUUGGUUUAAUGAAGAAAGCCUAUGAAUUAAGUGUCUUGUGUGACUGUGAGAUAGCCUUGAUUAUAUUUAACAGUGCCAACAAGUUGUUUCAGUAUGCCAGUACUGAUAUGGACAAAGUCCUCCUCAAGUACACAGAGUAUAAUGAACCUCACGAAAGUCGUACAAACAAAGACAUUGUAGAGACCUUAACAAAAAAAGAAAAUAAAGGGUGUGAAAGUCCGGAACCAGAUAUGGAUCCAUACGGAAAUUCAUUAACACCAGAUGAGAAAUAUUCCCGAUUAAAUGAGGAGUAUCAGAGAGCAAUCCAACAUCAAAAUUCGAUGAGACAGCACAAUUUGAGUCCAUAUCCUAAUCAAUUACCACCACCUGGAGUUCCCUCCCCUGGAAUGCAAAUGCACAACUCUCCUUACAUGAAUCAGUCUUUACAUCAUGGAAUGUCACCAAACCCAACUAUCAGUAGUCCAGGAUUAUUACAGCCACCACAACAUCCAAGUGUCAGUCCAAGGCCAAAUUCUACAGGUAACAUGGUAGAUUUAACAGGAGCUUCCCAACCCAAUGGAUACUCUCACAGGGUUUCUCCAUGUCCUUCUCCCGGUGCCAUGGUCAACAAAGGACUUUCACGACAAUCUCCGCCAUCACGGCAGCAUAAUAUGAGACCAAUGAUGCCCAACUCUAGAGCUAACAUGUUGAGUCCUGAUCCAUCACAAUCAAGGUCUACAAAUUCUUCUCUCCUGACCCCAGCAGUGUCACUUACAAGCCCUAGUAACCAUAUUACAAACUAUCCGUCCCCUUUGCCUACUUCAUAUCAUUCAAAUGAUUUUGCCUUGAAUAACAACAAUAUAGAUAUGAAUAGUAACAUGGCAAACUAUUCACAACAAUGGAGCGGAGGAUCACUGACCUCAGGGAUACCUCCUGGAGGGAACGGACCUGGAAGCAUCAGUGGUUUCCAUCCAGCUUUACACUCGACCAGUGGACACGGUGGAGGCAGUAUAUCGCCUCUAAAUGUGAAUACGAUGAAUCAUCAUAAUAUAUCUAUGAAUAUAAAAAGCGAACCAUUAUCUCCACCUCGAGACUCGACUACUCCAUCGAAUCAUCAUCAUACGUUAAGACCUCCGUCACAAGGCCAAAAUCAUCUUUCUCCUGGUCAUAUCAACCACUCACAUAGUAACAAUUCAUCGCCCACGGGCAUAUCACAUUCGUUAGACUAUGAUGGACCUAUGUUAAAACGGCCUCGUAUUGAUCAUGGAGGCCCAUGGGCUACCUAGAACAUGUAUUAUAGCUGAGUUAUAUAAAUUAAGUAGUCAUAUAAACUGUUCUUCGUUAAAUAUUAUGUAAUUGUUGCCAUGGUGUUGACCUUUUUUAAAUUUGACCCCAAGCUUCACUGUGACAUUGAGAUUUUUACCUCAGCUGUGCUAUUUAAUGUUACCAUGGUUUU